AUGAACGGCAUCAUCCACCCGUGCUUCCACCCGGAGGAUCGCCCGGCGCCAACCACCGAGGAAGAGGUGUUCGAGUGCAUCUUCGACUACAUCGACAGGCUCUUCGCCAUGAUCCGCCCGCGGAAGCUGCUGUACAUGGCCAUCGACGGCGUCGCGCCGAGGGCCAAGAUGAAUCAGCAGCGAUCGCGUCGAUUUCGCGCCGCGCAGGAGGCCAAGGAGAAGGAGGAGGAGGACGAGAAACUCAGGGAGAAGCUCAGGCGAGAGGGAGUCAACGUCCCGCCGAGGCAAAAGUCCGAGGCGUUCGACAGCAACGUCAUCACGCCGGGCACGCCCUUCAUGGGCCGCCUCAGCGCCGCGCUUCAGUACUAUGUGCACCAGAGGAUGAACACGGAUCCCGCGUGGCGGGGAGUCAAGGUGAUCAUGUCCGACGCUUCCGUCCCCGGAGAGGGCGAGCACAAGGCCAUGCACUACAUCAGGCAGCAGAGGGGACUCAAGGGCUUCGACCCGAACACCAAGCACGUCGUGUACGGCCUCGACGCGGAUCUCAUCAUGUUGGCGCUCGCGACGCACGAGCCAAACUUUUGGAUCCUCCGCGAGGUUGUCUUUCAGAAGAACGCGCCAGAGCCGGAUAUGCCGUCCGAUCGCGACAGGCUCCUCGGCGGGGGCGAUGGCCGGGCAGACGUACACCGCCGUGGGAAGGGGUGCACCCCCGCCGCCGGCGCCGCCCAAGCCGUUGGCAGCGACGGGUGA